AACUUCUCCAACCUGCAGCUUGUUGAACACCCACCCUCACCAUGGCUGCCACAUCAACAUACCGGCUACGGCUCCUUUGCUCCUCCACGAGGGCCAUCCCUCAAUCGAGCGUCCUCACCCCCUUCACCACUCGAGGAUACGCUACCACCGACUCUCCCUCCGCCACCACCGGCGCCGCAAAUCCACGCCGGCGAACCCAGUUCACAGACAAACUGAACGCCGGCCCCUCCUUCACCGACUUCGUCUCCGGCAAUAAGGACAAUGCCCCCCUGGAUCCGGAAGAAGCAUAUGCCCUCAAGACCGCCCUCGUUGGCCCCGCCGGCCGCAAGAAGCAAAUGACUCGUUUGCCCCCGUGGCUGAAAACCCCAAUCCCCGACAGCAAGAACUACCAACGCCUCAAGAAGGACCUGCGCGGUCUCAAGCUCCACACCGUUUGCGAGGAAGCCCGCUGCCCCAACAUCUCCGACUGCUGGGGCGGAGGCGACAAGGCCGCCGCCACCGCUACCAUCAUGCUCAUGGGCGAUACCUGCACUCGCGGCUGUAGCUUCUGCAGUGUCAAGACAUCCCGCACACCGGCUGCGCUGGACCCCCACGAGCCCGAGAAUACCGCCGAAGCCAUCUCACGCUGGGGAUUGGGCUACGUGGUUCUGACAAGUGUGGACCGUGAUGAUCUUGCAGAUGGUGGCGCGAAUCACUUUGCCGAGACUGUUAGGAAGAUUAAACAUAAGGCCCCCACUACCUUGGUUGAGUGCUUGACCGGCGAUUACCGCGGUGAUCUGGACAUGGUAGCCCUGGUGGCAAAAUCCGGGUUGGAUGUGUAUGCGCAUAACGUGGAGACGGUCGAGGCUCUCACUCCCCGUGUGCGUGAUCGUCGCGCCACCUUCCAGCAGUCCAUUCGCGUUCUGGAGGCCGCCAAGAAGGCCAAUCCCGAUGUCAUCACCAAGUCCUCGUUGAUGCUGGGUCUCGGAGAGACUGAGGAGCAGCUGGAGCAUGCCCUGGCGCAGUUGCGCGCCGUCGAUGUCGACGUCGUCACUUUCGGUCAGUACAUGCGUCCCACUAAGAGACACAUGGCUGUCCAUGAGUAUGUCCAUCCCCAGUGGUUUGAGCAUUGGCAACGUCGUGCUCUGGAAUUGGGCUUCCUUUACUGUGCUUCUGGACCUUUGGUCCGCAGUAGUUACAAGGCUGGUGAGGCGUUCAUUGAGAAUGUCUUGAAGAAGAGACGUGCCGGUCUCAGUGAGGCGGUCAGUGAUAAGAAUGUUGCUGUUGAUGAGGCGGCACGUUGAGCCUAGCUUGACGUCUACCACCUAUCUUGUACGAUUUCUUUUUCUGUGGUUAUUGUCUAUUGGCGCCCGGUUGCAUUGGAUGGGUUUGAUCUUGUCUUGAGCUUUUGUUUUCAAAAUGCGCUGUCAUUGCAAAGACUGCGGAUGUUAUCAACUACUAUUACUACUAUUUGCUAUGGUUUAUUAUUCUCGAUGAUGAUGAUGAUGAUGGAGCGGAGAAUCAUCGAUUUGCAUGGAAGGGGGUAUCUAGUUACGGGGAGGAUGAUCAUAUGCCCGCGAUAUAGGGACAUAAUUCAACAUAUACAUCCAAUUCCAAUGAGAGAGACGAAAUAUAACAGCAGCAGCAGCAGCAGCAGCAUCAUCGUGAUCACCCAGUCAUUU